AUGGAGAUACCCGUGAUCGACCUCACACUGUACAUGGACGCAGCUUCUGGCAAGUUCAAUUGCGACGAACGCCUGCAUCCUGAACUGGAAACGGUGUGCUCAGAGGUGAGCCGGAUUCUGAAAGAAACCGGAGCUCUUCUGGUCAGAGAUCCGCGAUGCUCGACCGAAGAUAAUGAUCGAUUUAUCGAUAUGAUGGAGAAGUAUUUCGAACAACCAGAAAAAGUUAAGCGCGUCCAAAAGCGUCCUCACCAGCAUUACCAGGUUGGUUCAACACCAGGAGGAGUUGAAAUACCUCGUAGCUUGGUUGAUCUUGAAAUGCAAAAGAAGUUGAGAGCACUGCCGAAAGAUCGACAACCUAAGAUUCCAACCGGUCCAGAUCUGAAGUCACGGUACACGUGGAGGGUUGGCCCUCGACCAUCCAAAACUCAAUUUAAGGAAUUGAACUCUGAGCCAGUCAUACCUGAAGGCUUCCCCGAAUGGAAAAAGAUCAUGGAUUCAUGGGGAUCUAAAAUGAUAUCAACCGUAGAGGCUGUUGCUGAAUUGGCUGCAAUUGGAUUCGACUUACCAAAGGACUCCUUUAGUAAUCUAAUGAAGUUGGGUCCACAUCUUCUUGCACCAACAGGAAGUGACCUCGGACACCAUGGUGAAGAAGGAAAUAUGUUCGCAGGAGAUCUCUUGUAA